AAUUUUUUUUGUGUGUGUGGAAGAUUCAUUUUAUUUAACUUGACUUGAAUAAAUGUAAAGAUAGAGUCAGUACUAUCUCUGAUAUAUGAUAUUUAGUUAUAUUUUAAUUUAUAUUUGUGCAUUUUCUCUUCGGACUUGCUAGCUCGUCGCUUUUGACUGCCUAGUAACACACUAGGUACCUGCAUAUUAACAUCAGACAGUGUUUACCUUCAGCUAAAAGAAGGCCUAAGAAGUUACCUCAUAGUGUGAAAUUCUUAACCCUGGAUCAUGAAAUCAAGUGAGGCUGUUUUCACCAAAAAGAAUCCCUUUCCACCUGAACCCCACCGAACUAAAAGCCAUUACAGUCCAUCUAGAGCAAAGAAGAUCCCCAAACAACAGAAAAAGCUGGCACUGAGCCCUGUCCGGUUUACACAGUCAGCCAGUCCUCCAGAGUCUCCUCCUCACACUGCGUCUCUCAGCCCAGAGGACCAGCGCUUCCUUGAAGGCUCUCACAGGGUCCUUCUCUGUCCUCCUCCAUCUGUAAAGGGUCAGCAGAACUUCUCAGAAUCCUGGCCCUCUACCGAUCAGAGUUCUUCUCCUGGCAGCACUGAUGUUCAACAUCCACAACACACAAGGACCAGUCGAAUGCAGGAGCCUUCCGUGCUGGCAAAAUACAUUGAGCGUUUCCGUUACGGAAGGCCACAAAGUCGUGGAGAAAGACAGAAGUUGGCAGCUGAUGGAGCAGACGAUCAGCCAUUUUGGUGGAUGUCCUCAAAUCCUUCACAGCCAUCCAGCUCAACUCCAACUCAAACAUCUAAGGAAUGCUUUAGAGGAUCGUUUGAGUGUAGAAAUGACGACACAGGCAGCGUGCAAGACCUGCUCAGACAUCAAGCAGACACUUCGCUUUCUCCCAGCAGAGGCCUGCUUGACCUGAGUGCACUUGCCUUAUCUGAUUCCUCACACUGUGAGCAAGGAGAGCCAGAAGUCCUUCAGCUUCAGGAGAGAGCCAGAAGACUUCUGCAGAGGAGUGAGCACUCACUGAGCAGUGGCUCCAGCGGUGUACCCAUCAGCUCUGAAGGCCUGGGCUGCUCUGAUUUCUCCUCUCCUCUUAGUGUUGAUGAGCCGAUCCGAAAGCCCACAGUUCCCAGCUUGAUAGAUACAGCCAACUUGAUAACACCCAGAGGCUCACUUCCUUCUGUCACUGCUCCAGGCCCUGUGGGGUCACGGCCUCGGCCCGAGGAUGACAUCCUGUUUCAGUGGCGCCUGAGGAGGAAGAUGGAGCAGGCCAGACAAUGGAGUCACACCUCCUCCCAUAGUUCAGCUCUUCAUCAGCCCUUACUGAGCAGACUGGCAAUGCAAAUACAGCCUAGACUCUCUUUUACGUCUACACCCGUGGAGGCGACUGGCAGCGUAAGCACCCCUGCCUCCUGUCCAGUCCCUGAGCCAAUGCCAUCCUCCUCCACCCAAGUCCACCCUGCAUCCAGGAUCCACACCAAGGUUGAGUCCAUUACUCAGAGCCACUUGGUUUCAGUUCCUCCCUGUGAGAGAGAGAAGGGCACUAAACAGCCUCAGACAGCUCAUUCCUUCCCUCAGCCCUGUCUCAGAGGACAGGUCUGCUCUUCAGAGAGCUCCGGAGAGCUGUGCAGUGAGAAGCAGUAUUCUUCAUCUCCAUCUCCAUCUCCACAACCUGCUGAGAUCUCAGAGGGAGAUGGCUCUCAGGGAAGAGGGGGCAUGCAGAGCAGUGGCAGACUGGACGGGGAACGGGGCAAGGAAAACAAAUCAGUGCCAUUUACCCGAAAGAAGAAAUUAGAUAGGUGCACGUCCUGGCAUGUGGGGGACGGAGAUGUGGUUGAGAGGAAUCGACACAGUGUCAAGGCCAGAGACAGGCACACUAGGGGUCAAGAAAAUUUUCACUCUAAAAACAAAGAGAAUUCAAGGCACAGGGAGAAUCCGAGUUCAACACGAGGCGUUCGUCCACAGGAUUCACCAUCACCGAUACACAACACUCUCGGCCAGGUGGUUUCCGAGGUGUUGUUUCCCGGUGCUGAUUCGCCAGUCCAGCCUAGAACCCCACACUCCUCUACCUCUCCCAUAUACACCGCUCCAGCACCUCCUCAUUCCCCUGCACCUCCCCCUCAACACUCAUCCCAACCAAGUGAGGUCAUAGGUCAGCUGAUGCAGGAGGCACAAGACUCGGAUGGGCUGGAAUUUGAAGACGAUCCCUUGCUCUUAGUUCUUCGGCAGCAGAGAAAGUGGGUGAAAGAGCAGCUCUGUGAGGUUGACAUGAUGCUGGAUAAAUUCCAUGAAGACUGAUCUACUGUGAACAAGAACAAUGCACUUCAGCACACAAUCAUGUUUAUUACUGCAAAUCAAUACACUGUGUAUUUAUUUUGUGUCUUCAAAUGGAUAUG